AUGGGUAUUUCUCGCAACAUUUCGGUUAUAAAUCAUCGCUUUUCUCUCGUCACCCUUACAGACAGCAGCAGCACUAAGCAUCCCAAAAAGAGCGAGUCAAUAACGCCUCAACAUGAAUCCGGUUACUUGUACGACGCUAUCAAAAUGCUUACACAGGGGGCCCGCUACUUUGUGAAAAUGUUGGAGGAAAUCAACAACAAAAAUUACAAGUCUGUGGCUGAAAUCCUCAGCAGACAUUCGAAUUCUCAAUUUAACUCUGCGGAUUACGACGCCAUGCUACAAACUUGGGUGCAGGUAGCCAAAGGGUCCGAAGAACUCUCGGAUGUAUUCCUCCAAAAAAUGGCAUCAUUGACAAUGCCGAAUAUGUCUGCUGAACACACAAGCACAUUGUUGUCCAGUUUGCGGCUGUAUAUCGAAUCCUACAUAACAGGCGUAUUAGCCCGACAGGAAACUCUGUUGCUUACAGCAUUUGACUUCGUGAACCAAACAAAGUUAACAAUGGAAGAACAUUCUUUACUUGAGAACCUUCUUGGAAUCAAUCAGGAAAUUCACACAGACUCGUUCAAAACAAUGAACACAUAUGUGCUAUUGAUCGAUCGUUUGGCGGAUGUUUCUCAAAAUUCGCGCUAA